UUAGGUUAUAGAAAGCAGAUGCAAAAACCUAGACAGAACAACAAGGCGGAGAUAACCACCGAGGAAGUUCUGAAGAAAGCUGAUUUCAGGAAUGUUCGAUUCCUUGCACAGUUCAUCACCGAAGCUGGGAUCCUUGUUAAGAGGAAGCAGACUGGCAUCAGUGCAAAGGCACAAAGAAAGAUUGCUAGAGAGAUCAAGACGGCCCGUGCAUUUGGGCUGAUGCCCUUCACAACAAUGGGUACCAAGGCAUUCACAUUUGAAACCAUGGAGAACAGAGACCAAGAUUUCGAGUAUGAAGUGGUUGACGAUGAUGAUGAGUAUGACAAUGCAGCUGAGUGAGAUUUGUUCCACUCUCUUCUGCUUUCUAAAUCUUUGGCCUAACUAGCUGGUCUAGUU